AUGCCCAUGGCGUCCCCCCAAACCCUGCUCCUCUGCCUGCUGAUCCUGGCGGUCACUGAAGGCCAGGGUCAACAGGCAGCCAUCCCAGGCUGCUACUUGCACCCCUUCAAUGUGACAGUGCGAAGUGACCGCCAAGGCACCUGCCAGGGCUCCCACGUGGCACAGGCCUGCGUGGGCCACUGCGAGUCCAGCGCCUUCCCUUCCCGUUACUCGGUGCUGGUGGCCAGUGGCUAUCGACAUAACAUCACCUCCAUCUCUCAGUGCUGCACCAUCAGCAGCCUGAGGAAGGUGAAGGUGCAGCUGCAUUGUGGGGGGGACCGGAGGGAGGAGCUGGAGAUCUUCACGGCCAGGGCCUGCCAGUGUGACAUGUGUCGCCUCUCGCGCUACUAGCCCAUCCUUCUCCCGCCACCCUCCCCUUGGUCAGAGGGUUUAAUGUUGGAGUAUAUCCUACAUAUCCUGA